AAGAUUGUAAAUGAACUUCUUUUUAAACUGUAGAUAAAAUGUUAACUAUAUAAAACACGUCACUAAUUACAGUUACCAUUACUUAUCUAACAUUGUCUGCUAGUAGAACUAUGAAAUUUACAGUGUGUAUUUUGGUGGUGAUUCUUGUGCAAUGCCAGGCUAUUCCAACAACUGUUGCCCCUAAGGAAUGUAUGAGUGACGCGGACUGUACGGCUGAUGAGUGCUGUUACAAAGAGCCAGAGUUCCUCGUGGUCAGCAAGAAACGUCAGGUCCCACAACCAUAUAACCCCAUUCAUCCCGCUGACGCCAAAGGUGUUUGUCAGGCAUAUUCUAAUGAAGGUGAUACUUGUGGAUUUCUCGAUAAAUCUAAUGGACGCUGUAGCUGUAAUGAUAAGAAGGGACUAACAUGUCAAUUCUCAAAAACUGACCCGACCUACAGCCCAUACCCAAUAGCUGGUCUAGGAAUAUACCGGUGUGCUAUAAGUCCACAAGCUGCUUCCAAGAAAUAAAUCUUAUUAAAUGUAAAAUGAAUCGUUUAUUAAAUUAUUAAAAAUAAAUAAAUUGUUUCAUUUGGUGUAUAAAUCA